AUGGCAACGACCGUUCUAUCCGGCGCCGCAUUCGGUGCCUCGCUCGUGGCGGCGGGCGUCUACCAGCCCUCCGUCAUUAUUGCCCAGCUCAAGUUCGAGGACUGGCACAUGAUCCAGGCCUUCGUCACAGCUAUGGCCAGCAGCACCUUCAUUGUCUAUACUCUCGACAGCGUGGGUUACGUCCGCCCCAACCCCCGCAGUCCCUCGCGUCUGGGCCUCUUCUCCCAGUACGACGGCAACAUCCUCGGCGGGGCAAUCCUCGGCGCCGGCAUGGCCCUCUCGGGCUCCUGCCCGGGCACCGUCCUCGCCCAGAUCGCCGUCGGCACCAGGUCCGGCAUCUACGUUCUGGCCGGGGCCGCUCUCGCCGGCAUCGCCUGGACGGGCUCCCUGCAGAGGCUCAUCACGAGCAACGCCUGUGCCGCGGGGCCUGAAGGCCCAAGACUCACCGUCCACGAGCGCGUAGGCGUAAGCAGGGCCGCCGCGUUCGUCGGACUCGAGGCCCUCUACGCCGGCGUCAUGUACGCAUGCUUGACGUACGCCCCUGCCAGCCCUCGUGCCGUCGUCGUGCCAGUUGUCGGCGGUGCCCUGAUUGGCCUCGCGCAGCUCUUCUCUCUGCUCGCCCGCAAGUCGAUGCUUGGCGUAUCGACGUCGUACGAUGAGAUUGGGAAAUAUUUCUGGUGGGCCGUCCGUGGCGGCGGGGAGAAGGGAAAGCCCGCGUCGUAUAGCAACAUCCUCUUCUCUGCGAGCCUGGUCGCCGGCGCGUGGGUCCUCGCCCAGGCGUACCCCAAACUCGUGUCCGACGCCGCUGAAUCGGUCGUCUCUCCUUCGCUGGCCGCCGCGGGUGGAUUCCUCAUUGGGCUGGGCUCCAGGAUCGCGGGGGGCUGCACGUCUGGACACGGACUCAGCGGUGUCGCGGUGUUCUCGACCGCCAGCUUCGUCACCAUCAUGUCAAUGUUUGGUGCCGGGGCCUUGGUUGCCCCGUUCUUUUACCAGUGA